AGUUUCGAUCUGUUUAUUAUUGAAACAGAUUUUUUGUAACUGCAUUAGUGUUGUAAAACGUUCUAAGCCAACGUGUUUUGUUAAAGGAAUAUUUAUGAUGUUAGAUAAGCAAUGAUUAACCUGAUUUAUUGCAUUCAUGAAGUGAAAGAAUUUACUAUUGAGUAAUGUCAUUAUUCAAUUUAUUUAAUAAUGUCAUCACUCCGCCAGGAGUGACAGAAUAUCUUCAUUCACUACUUCCUGUCGAACUUAAAGAAUUUUAUUUUUCCACUCUGUCUACUUUUACUACUAUUGAUGAAUUUCAGUUGAAAAUUUUGCGUGUUUCUUUCAUUGUACUCCUUGUGAAUUUAGUAUUUAUUUGGAUAUCGUGGGGAAAAUAUGGGGAUAAAAUUACUGAAAGAUUUAUGAAACCAGCAUCCAGUAAAAGUCUUGAGGAUUUAAAACGUGAAGCCACUGAGUUGAAACUACCAAAGGAACAUACCCCAAGGAUUUAAUAUUUAUUGUUCAGUCAAAAUGAGUGCAAUUAGAGAUUUUUUCAAGAAAAAGAAGGCUGAUAUAAAAUUUCAAGCUGCAGGACCUGGGCAUAGACUGACAGAAACUCCCAGUAAGCCAAAGAAUAGUGGCUCCUCAGCUAUUGUGAACCAGCCAAAACGGUAUCAACCAUCAGAAGGUGCACAACGUGCUGGUGCUGCAGCAUUAGCUCGUAUUGAACAGAAAUCAACUAAUGUUAAUUGGUCUUCUCAAGCUGUUAAAGCUCAAGCUAAAAAGGAAAUUGAAUUGGAAAAUGCUUUAAAAAAUAAACCAACUGUUGCUGCUGCACCAAAGCAAAAUGUGGUUGUUCAAGAGGCUUGUCCAACUUUAACAGUAUCUGGUGUCUAUUUCAAAUGUCCUAUGAUUGGUCCAGAAAUUCUGCCUAAGAAAGAUAUUAAAAUGAAAAUUAAGGAAUUCCUGUAUGAACAGUUAGAACAAGAAAAAGGGCUUACAGCUUGUUUAAUAAUCCAUACUGUAAAUGAAAAUAAAGACAAAAUUCGAAUAGGAAUUGAAACACUUGUUAGAUAUCUUACCAAUAUUUUAGACAAUCCUGAGGAGGAAAAGUACCAUAAAAUUCGUUUGAAUAACAAAGUUUUCCAGGAAAGAAUUAUAGGCCUAGAAGGGGCCUUUGAAUUCCUAGAAGCUGCAGGAUUUACCAAACAAAUGAUUGGAGAAGAAGAGUAUUUGGUUUUUGUUGGUGUUACCGAUGAAAGUUUUGAAAAUUUACAAAUGCUUAAAGAAGCUCUUUUAAGUGCAGAACCAAUACUUCCCAUGUUAGAUAGGAAUCUAAAAGUAUUAAGACCUGCUCAAGCUGCUGCCCAAAUAAAUUUACCUGAUGAUUUUUUUUAUUUGUCUGCUGAAGAAGUGAAAAGAGAACAAAGUGAAAAAUCAGAGACUGUUGAACUUAUGACACAACUAAGGACUAGAGAAAUGAGAGAAAGGGAUGCAAUAAAGGAACUCCAUGUAUACAAAUAUACUCUUAUUAGAAUAAGAUUCCCUGAUGGUAUUAUUUUGCAAGGAACUUUCUAUGUUCAUGAAAGAUUAUCUGCUGUGAAGCAGUUCAUUGCUGAAAAUUUAUGUAAUCCUGAACAAGAAUUUCAUCUUUUACUGCCUGGUGGUUCAAAGUUAACUGAAGACAGCAAUUCUUUAAUGGAAUUAAAGCUGGUUCCUGCUGUGUUGUUAAAUUUCUUAUGGACUGAUGGUCCUUCUAACUCAAACUCUAGCUUUUUAAAACCUGAUAUAAUGGCACUCCUUGAAGAUCUGUGAGGAAAAAAAAAUUGAAAUAUAUUGUUUUCCCAGUAUUGUAUUUGCUGUUUGCAUCUUUUCAUUUUCUGUUCUUUAUAGUUAUAUAAAAAUAAUACCUUUAAUCUGAAAGUUAUCCUUUGAAUGUAAUAAAUAUUUUCAGAAUUAUUUAAAGUUUCAGAGUUAUUUAUCUCAUCUGUAUAAGCAGAUGAGAUUUAGUUAAACUGCCUUAUACUGAAAAGUAAUAAUUUUAAUAGCAUUUAAGAUAUACAUAUAUAUUUAAUUUUUUCUAAUUA